CCAUGCUGUCAGUGCAAACAUCACUGCUGACAGCAGUUCUCACUUUCACCACUGUCCACCAACGUGUUACAACUGUGCUAUGGUUUACCACUGUCUACCACUUGGUCAUGGUUUACCUUGGUUUUGUGUGGGAUAGCGCUUGAUUUCUCCACCCCCCAGAACUGGAACCUUGUCACAGACGCAAAAGAUCCAACUUGUUCUGACAGAAAACCCAGGUCAACAAGAAGACGCCAUUAAAUUGGUUGCAUCUGUGAGGUUGUGAGGUUGUUGGUAGCGUCGCAACCAGCUCGCCAUGUCGACUCAAAACGAUGGCGGGAGAGCCAUCAGAAGAAAGCUCCAGCCAAGAGCCCUGCGCUUCUUUCGCGGGUUGUCUGAAAGUGAGAAGGAAGAAGUGAUACGCCACUCUGAGUGGGUACUGCGCAUUACUGGCGACCGGGCGACGAUUGACGACGAUGGUUCUAAUGUUUCUGAUGUCGACUCUCUGGCGCCUGCGCUUCCAAGGUACAUCAAUGUCCCGAGAACAACAGCAGCCACCACUACUUCUGCAGCAGGAUCCGCGGCAGUCGAGACCCUAAGCCAGCUGAUACUGGAAGACUGUGACUCGAUCACAGAUACCUCAGAACUUCCUUGUGUGGUCGCAGAGCUCGUCGGCGUUCUUCAGGACAGAAACUCGACUUCAGGUGCUCGAUUGGAGGUGGAAACCAUGCUCCGCCAGGUUGUGGCAGACUUUACAGGGACUUUGCGGCAAAUCAUAUCCCAAGCACAGACAGACACUGCAGCAACAGAGACCAAUGAGGCGACAGUUCCAACACAGCAAGCCUCAGGCCAGGAAACACAUGCCAACAAUUCAACUCCUACAUGUGCACAGCAAGCCCCUGUUGCGGCCUCAACAUGCACACAAAUCCAAAAUCAGACCCCAUCCUCGCAUGCACUUGGUCCAAGUGUGCCCUCAGAUGCCGAUCAUGUAACUCCACCGACACCGACCAAUGAUGUGACCCCGCCUGCAUUGCCGGCAUUCUUGUCUGCAACCGGAAGCAGACCAACCAGCACAACUUUUCGUCCAUCUGAAGCAUCCAUUAGUCGUACGGGAAGCGAUCCACCCGCAGAACAUUAUGGGACCGUCACGAGGUCAGAUGGAGCCAUUGCGGCUGGUUCUGGUUUGGGUGGGUCGACUCUGUCGGCGGUGGAUCCAUCAAUGAUGGAAGCCUUCUUUGAAUUUUUGCAGACGUUUAAUGGGCCAGGUUCAUCGACAGUUAUCCAGCAGAGUCCCGUCAGUGGACACAAUAUCGAAAGAAACACACCAAACAGCCAAAUCGGCCCGAACGACCACCUAUAUGAACGGCUCUCUGUGUUGAAUCUUUCGCCUGAAACCAUAAGACCCAGUCGGAGUUUCGAAGAUCCAUCAGCCACGGGCGAGAAAGAAUCAAAAGCCUCCGUCUUUGCUGACGGAAAAUCUAUAUCUGUGGAUCCUCCUGCGAUCUAUCCCACCGUGCCGGAAGCAUGCCGGUAUGUAACCUCCGGUGUAGCCGAGAGGCCCAACCCAAGCAGGGUUCCAGCACCUGUAGAGUUGUCAAGACGAGCCAAACCUGACACCAACGCAAGAUCAGCAGACCGGGCAACUGAAGCAAGUCGGGGCGACGGGGAACCGUCACUCGCUCCACCCCAGUCAUCCGGCGCUGCAUUGGAGCCAUUUAUCAAUGAUCAAACCAAUAGCAGCGCUUCGGCUUCAACAGACCGUCAACAAAGGGAUACGUCGGGUGUUACUUUGGAUCCUAUAUUGGAGGACCCAUCAUCGGUGACACUGGAAGGAACAAUCGUUCAAUUCCCCCGCCGAGUCAGUGGUGGUACAACCAUGUCGCAAAGCCAUAUCCAUCCCAGCAAGUCUGUCGCGGAAAACACACCAAAACCUUUUAUCCCAACUCGUUCCACUCACAUCACCAGAGCCUGGCAAGGCGCCGUAGAGACGACUAUGGUCGCAGCUAAUCACGAUGAACCGGCAAAGCCUGCACAAGCUCAGGGCCUUGAUCGCACGCUUCAUGAAAGAACCUUGGAACCGAUGCCGGCCAAUGAACCUUUGGGAACCCCAACGAUGAGCUCAAGGCCCGUCGUCGCGCGGGUAGAGAACCAGAAAAUGGCACACAUUAGUGACCCUCCAUUGCGCAACUACAAGCUGAACGCAGUCGACAGCGACGGAUCAUCUCGCAUCCAAGUGAUUCCCGUCUCCAGUGACGAAAGUUCGGGAGGACUCGUCUAUGCCAAGGCCACGCCCAUUCCAGAAGGCACAUCGCUGGACGAGUUGCCCUCGUUACAGCUUGACGCCGUCGACGCACGUUGCCGGUGUAUCAUACUCUAGCUAGCCAGGGAGAAAUGAAUAAUUUCAGACUGGGGCGGAAUGUCCUGGAGGAAGGUACAACUGUGCAGUCUUCUGUGGCCCAAUUGGGAGGUGCACAGCGUCAUGCUGCAUCCUAAGCCUACGCCAGAAGCACAAGCAACCAAAUUGUAAGAUGUCAUUCAUGCCGUUCCAGCCCUCCCUCUUAUACGGGCACGGUUGUUCGCUACUUCCUUGAUUCAAAAAGUGGUUUCAGAGUGACGUGCAAGUAUCAGCAGCCCGCAUUCAAGUUCAGGGCCUAUCGGGGUAAACAAAUAAUCCUAAAUAGAUACGUUUUAAAAAAAUGUAAUUUACUGUUACAAAAAG